CCAUGGUCCAGUUGAGUGACAGCCCAGCAGUAGCAUAGCACUGUGACUGAGAAAAGUGACAUGAAUAGCCUAAAAUUAUGAUGGCAAAACGGGCAAUAGAAGAGGAAUUCGACCGACUUUAUUCAGAUUUCAUUGAGAACCCGGAGGCUCUCCCAAGACUGAAGAAACGAGCCAAGAGAUGCAGACAGUUGACAGAGAGCCCUCAGCACCAAGGAUCCAGCUCAUCUACCAUCAGUGAUGUAACUUGCUUGCUCUCGUCAACAGUAAAGACUGAACUUGCCUGCCCAAUCACCACCAAGUGUUCAUCUUCAGCAACAGAGGGAAAUGCGUCAGUCUGGGUGUCUUCAGAACUAGGCAUCGGUCAACAGCAAGACACAAAAUAUUUACAGCCCAAAAAGCCCAGCACUCAUUCCACCAUGCCUGUUAGCAGUAGUUCUCCAGCAAAUAAAACUGAUGAUCAAGAGGAAUCGUACGAUAGAGUCCAACCUACUCAUCCAAGUCAACCCAGCAUUGAUGAGGUCACUGAUGAUGUCAUCAACUCUAGUCAUGGCAAGGAGGAUGCUGAUAUGACAGCAAAGAUUCAGUUGGGAGAGCAUGAAAGUCAAGCAGCCAGUGACAUCUUCAUGCUCCACAAACCAAGAAUAAACAGAGUCCAAAGUCAGCAGAAAUCCCUCAACCUGGAUGCAUUGUGGGCCUUAUACGCUAAGACGUGGUUACUUCCUAAGCGUCCUGCAGUAAAUCAGAUUCGCCCUGUGUUCUUACAAAGGAACUUGCGACGGGGCUGCAUAUUCUUCAAGAGGUAUCUCAUCCACCAGAAAGCGCUGAAGGAUCUAUCCAAGCCAAAGCUGUCAAGUCAUCAACAAGAGCCACAGGCAGCUGGGGAGCAUGUGAGAAGCAACUCCAGCAAGAAAGAGGCUGCCGUCAAAGAGGCGAAGGCGAAGGAUGCAAGCAGUGACUAUCAAAACAGAACUAAACUCAAACUGGAAAGCGGAGAGUGCAGCAGAGCGCAAAAAAGAAAAGACGUCAAGCCAAAGCCAGUCCUUUGUGUCAUUAAAAAGCCGCUUCAAACCAAGACGGAUGCAAGCAAAGUAAUGCCAAAGGGAUAUGGUCAGGAUGUGGUCGCCAAGGUAACAACUCUCAAGCCUGGGAAGCUCGCCUCUAAAACGAAAACAGUACUUCAGAGUGACAGUGGGAGUGGUCAGGUUGCCUUCGCCAAGGCAAAACCUGUCAAAUCUGAGAAACAUGCUGUGAAAACAGGACCACAGAGAGACAGCAGGAAGGUCAAACCUGUGCAGACUCGUAAGCAAUCCUUGAAGAAAGAAGAAGCUUCCUCAAGGAAGCCAUUGUCGACUGAGUCCUCCAAGCAGGUGUGGACCAAGGAGGCUUCUGGAGGAAGACAGGUGGCUAUUUGCCGACCGAACACUAAAGGGAAAGCUUCAAAAGUAGACGCAGCCAGCACCUCUGAAGUCAAGAUGAAAUUCAUUGAGGAGGAAAAUCCUGAAUGUCAACUACCUUCAACAAAGCCUCCCCAAGAGAAACCCCAGGCAUUCCCAGUUUCCUCGACAUCAGCCAAGGACAUGGUCAAUGCAGCUGAGGAUGUUGGUGUCAGUGGUGGGAUCAAGCCGUUAUUCUCUGGAGGGCACUGCGGAGGAAUCUGGAAGUCCAUUGUGGAUGAAUGCUGAAUUCUUCAUACGUGGCCUUUUAAUGUAAAUCAAAUCCACUGCAUAACAUAUUCAUCUGUAUGUUUAUUCCAAACUCUGCAAUGAUGAUGACCAACUUGUAAGAGAUUUAGAGGAUGAAGUUUCAUAUCUCUAUUUUCUAUUUAUUUAUUCACCUUUGGUUGCCAAACCUUCAUCUCGAUAGCAAGCUUUAACAGGAUCCCAUUAUGGAUAAAAUAAACCCUUCUAUAAGUUUCUGAAGACAAA